GGGGGCCGACUCGUCAUACGUAUCCGGCUAAACCCUUUAUGUCAAAAAUCUGCUUUGUUUUUUCUGUUUGGUACAGCAAGUUGAUGGAAAAAUAUAAUACUUCGAACGAUUUUAAUUGAUAAAAAUGGUGCAAUCUAAUGUUCAUGAAGCAUUGACGCCUGUUGCUUGGCUAGCUGGACAAUGGACCACCAAGGAAGGUAGAGGUUAUUAUCCUAAUAUACCGGAGUUCCAGUAUCAUGAAGAUUUGGAAUUUUCAUGCAUCGGACAGGCUAUGUUCAACUUCCUAUCCAAGUCUGCCAACCCUGAGACGCAAGCACCUAUGCAUCAAGAACGAGGCUUCCUGUGGAUAAAACCUGGUACCAAAGAGCUUGCUUUCAUGGUCAGUCACAACUUUGGUUUGACAUCUCUUGAAGAAGGAUACUGUGAUCCUGAUAAAAAAGAAAUUGUUCUAGAAACUGUGAAUGUGUCUAGGAUGUCGUUUGCGAAACCGCCCCACGUGAAGAAGUUCAAACGUAUAAUUCGAUUAUUGAGUGAUGACACCUUAGAAAUAACAUUGUUCAUGGAAACGGAUAACACACCGUUGUCUGAACAUUUAAAAGCAAUUUACAAAAAGAAACAGGAUUGAAUUUUCUAUAUAAGAACUAUCGCAUUUAAAACCUAUUCGAAAAUUAAUGUUUUUUAUGGUAACCAAGUCCAGAAUAAAUCCUUUUUUAAUACUGUAGAGCAGUGUUUCAUAACCUUGUUAGUUGGUGACUAAAAAUACACCUUAACAAUAAAAUUACCAUAAAAGAUAUUUUCUGUGGUUUCUACUCAAAGAAAGGAACGUCUUCUGUUUGUUUUUUUUUUUUAUGAAAAUCCUUCCUAAAUUUGUUAAUAAAUUAUUUAUGGUUAUUAUAAUUUAGGUGUAGGUAUCGGUGUAUUUAAUAUAGCGCAGUCUCCGAACAGAAAGAAUUUCUUACGUUGAUUUUUGUGUCUACUGAUAGAUUUCAUAAACAUUUUAGAUUCACUUUACUGUGACAAAAUUUAGGUAGACGCAUCUGUGGAAGCAUAUUGCGCAUGAGUGAAAGAUAUAUCCACGGUACGGAAUUCUGUUUUCGACGACCGUGCCAUAAGUCUUUUAAAAGUUACCGCGUUUGACCCGCAGGCCAAUUCUGCUAAUGUUUACGUGAUAAUCGCAUCUCGAUAGAAUCUCAACGACUUGCAUUUUACCAUUGUACUAUCUACAUAAAGUUCAAUGUUAUUAGUUCAAUGUCUUCCUCACACAUCGAUUGAGACAUAUAUAUAAUAAUAUUGAAGUUCAGGUAGAUAGUACAAGGGCAAAAUGCGAGUAGUUGACAUCCUAUUGACACGCUAUUAUUACGUAAACGUUAGCAGAAUUGGCCUACCGUUGCGAUGCGAGGUUAGGAAAACAGGUCUAGUGUUAUCAAAAAGAUUAUGGAUCUAAUAACAACUAAGUUGCUUAAAGACGGUCCGGUCCACGCACGAAACUGUUUAAAGUUACUCAAGGUCUGUGAAUUCUGUGAUCUGUUUUGUAUUGUAUUUCUUUUUCUAUGUUAAAGGCCAAAUAUUAUUUAAUGUAGAAUGUUCUCUCCUAUGACCACUAUGAAUACGAGUCUGCUUUUUUAAAAAAGUAAGCAAAAGUUGAAUUUCAUAUUUUAAGAUUUGCCCCCUUACUCUCGAACGCAAUCGCGACAUGGUGUUUCUUCGUAAAUUCAACUUGACCUUAAAUAAGACUUCUAAUAUGUGUAGAUUAUUUAAGUCUAGGCAUAGGAGC